AACCUGAUUCACUUCAUGCACGAGCCCAGCGGGAGGAGCAGUUGUGCGCGUGCGAAUAGUUCCAGCUGUCCACUCUACGCCUGCGCUGCUUCACCAAGAUGUCGGUUGAAGCUUCGCCCCCUUCACCAAGGUGGUGCCUGUGACCGCGGCUCUGAGCCCCUCACCAUGAGCUGUCCGGUCGAACUGAGGCUCUGCCGGAACUUCCCGGCUCACAUGCACCCGCUGCAGAUCCUCAUUCCCCAAGCCACCUUUGCUGCCCUCACUCCGGGGCCCGGUCCAGACAGCGGCACCGCCUGCGUGUUGUCACUGCAUUCCGGGCAUGGACCUGGGCCCGCGCUCUUUACCGCCGCCACCGUCUUCGAGGAUGAGCCCCUGAGGGAGGCGGGCGCGUCCGGGAUCCGGGAUGACGGCGUCCCCGGGAUCGGAGGGGAGAGAGUCACUGAGCCCACGGUCCACAGUGAGGGGGUUCCCGGGCCCGGAGCAGCAGGGGAGGCAGUCACUGAGUUCAAGGCGAGGGGUACGCGGAUCCCCGGGUCUGGAGCAGCAGGGGAGGCAGUCACUGAGUUCAAGGCGAGGGGUACGCGGAUCCCCGGGUCUGGAGCAGCAGCAGAGGGGGCCACUGAGUUCAAGGUACAGCGUGAGGACCCCCUCGGGCCCCAGAGUGAAGGGUUGAGCCCCAGUAUUGGGCCAUUCCAGAUAUACACCAGUAAGCUCUUCCCUGUACACUAUGGGCUGUGGGUGAGUGAGGACGAAACCUUGGGAAAGGGUGUGGAGGAAGGGCCGGUGUCCCCACGGCAUGGUGCCCCAGCCCUGCUGCGGGCCUCCUUGGUGAGGUCAGUGCAGAGCUUGAGCCGGGUGGUACUGGGAGCCCGCACUAGAGUCAGCCUGCGCUGGGCAAGCUCCCCUGCGUUUGCCAAUGGGCUACUGGUCCUGGCCUGCCAGCGGCAGCCAGUUCUUCUGCGGCAGGGUGACGCUCCCAUCGUACCUUACCACCCCUUACUGGGCGAAGAUAGUGAGACGGUUCUGGCCCGCCUUCUGGAGCUGGUGGUCCUGGAGUGUCAGCCUGUGCUGCAGGGAGUCCUGAGUGUGUCCACCUGCCUGCUGCUGACUGACUUCAGGGAGCCUGGUGAGCUGCCCCCAGCACAGCCACUCCACCUGUUGCAACCGCUGUGCCUCUCUGACUUUGCCCACUACGUCCGUGGUCUCUGGGCCUCGGGGCUCAGUCUGGAGCCUGACAGGCCCACUGAUUUCCAGUCCUUCCUGCAGGCCUUGGAGUGCAGGCUGGAGGUGACGGUGGCUGACCUGCCAGGCCUGGCCUCGAGCAGUGAGCUGAGGCUUGGUGACAGGGCCCUGGACCUGGAUAGCUGUCUUCUGCUUAACAGGCGGACCCUGUACCGUCUGGGCCUCUUCCACUGCCAGUGGGUCCUUGUCUCGAUGCCAGAGCCACCUACAGAAGCAGAUCAGCUCGGGUCAGAGCUCAAGUCUCCUAGGCUGGAAGCAGGAGUUCAGGGGCCAAGCACUGUCUGGCGGCCAGUAACUGAAUUCCUGGCCUGUGUGCUGGUGCUGGAGGGGGGUGAGGGGGCCAGUCUGGAGCUGGGGCAGGACAUGGCAGCAAUCUCCCACACUAUGUGGUUCAACAUCUCCAAGGGGGCCCCAGUGCCUACCUCCCACAGAGCACUGAGAGUCAAGCGCUUUUACCAGGGGCCAGAAUUGCAGAAGGAGCAGGGGGAGAGUCACUCUGAACUGUGUGAGCCUCCUGUGGCAGAGGAACUACACGUGGAGGUGGUGCACUCUCCCACCUAUGACUCACGGGCAAACUAUGAUGGACUGAUCUUCCAGCACUUCAGGACCUCCAGGUGGGUGUUCAAACUCUGGCCCUUCCUCCUCCUGUUACUGGGCACCCUGGAGUCUGCCAUUCUUAGUGACAUUCUGGAUCCCCGAGUCAACAUCCUCAUGGUUACUGUUGAUGCUGGUACCCAACACUCCUGGGGUUGCAUUAGUUCUGUGUGUGACCUCAAAUUAACUAGUUACCUCUUCUCUGCCCAAUCCAUGGACAGUCAGUGCAGCUUUGUAUUUCCACCACAGGUUGGUCACGAAGGAGCUAUGUUGUGUGUGAAGACCAAGGGCAAACCAGAGUUCAUUGAGAGCUGUACCGAGAGGCGUGUCAGAUGGCCUGUGAUCUACCUGAGGGUGAGGUCGGUGAGCGGAGGGGCAGAUUCCAAGGCAGCACCUGGUUACCUGGCCGAUACAGAGCACACGUCUGUUUACUUGGAUGGCUGUGGCAACAGCUACGUUCCCUGUGCUGUAAUGAGUGGUGGUCACCCGUUCUGGGACAGUGUCUCUCCUCCUGGGCUGUCCAGCACUGUCGAUACUCUCUGCAACAUCAUCGAGCCGUACCUGCGCAGUGGGCCACCCCUUCUCGAUAGACCAUGCAGUGUAUUACUGUGGGGACCGAGCGGUUGUGGGAAGAGCACGGUGGUGCGGGCUGUGUGCAGCAGGAUGAACCUACACUUGGUGAAGGUGGACUGUGUAUGCCUCUGUGCCGACUCUAUUGGAGCCUCUGAAGCGAAACUGGAAGCUGCCUUUUCACGGGUUGAGGAUCAUCGUCCAUGCAUUCUACUGCUGUGUGACAUUACAAUAGUUGGGAGGGAACGCGAUGGAGUGGGACAGGACUCACGUCUGAUUUCUGCACUGCAGCGUUUCAUGAAGGGUGUGCAAUCCAUCCCCACCAACUACCCGGUAGUGGUGGUUGGGACAGCAGUGCGAGCGAGGGAUGUGUCAGCUGAUCUACAAGCAGUUUUCCUUCAUGAGUUGGCGGUAGGUGCCCUGUUGGAAGAACAGCGGAAACAGAUGGUGAGGGCACUCAGCAGCAGCCUGCCCCUGGGCAAGGACGUGAACCUAGCCAAGCUCGCCAAGCUGACUGCGGGUUACGUCCUCAGUGACCUGUGCACGCUGCUGAACCGUGCUGGUCGUGCUGCAUGCAGACGUCUGCGCCGAUGCCGCUUUCCAGGAAUUAUUCCCAGUGAGCAGGAGGAGCUGGAGCUGUGUGCAGCCGGGGUGACCAUCCUACAGGAAGACAUGCACAGAGCAUUGGAGGAGCUGCAGGCAGAGCACUCACAGGCUAUCGGAGCUCCCAAGAUUCCAGCAGUGAAAUGGCAGGAUGUGGGAGGACUGGAGGUGGUCAAGCGAGAGAUCCUGGACACAGUGCAGCUUCCCAUUGAGCACCCCGAGCUGCUGAGUCGAGGUCUACGCCGCACCGGACUGUUACUGUACGGUCCUCCUGGGACAGGCAAGACACUACUGGCCAAGGCUGUUGCCACCGAGUGUGCCAGGACCUUCCUCAGUGUGAAGGGACCAGAGUUGAUCAACAUGUACGUGGGGCAGAGCGAGGAGAACGUACGAGAGGUGUUCAGCCGGGCACGGACUGCAUCCCCCUGCAUCAUAUUCUUCGAUGAACUGGACUCGCUGGCCCCCAAUCGAGGUCGGAGUGGAGAUUCUGGGGGUGUCACGGACAGGGUGGUGUCUCAGCUCCUCGCUGAACUGGAUGGUCUUCACUGCUCGUCUGACGUGUUUGUAAUUGGAGCCACCAAUAGACCUGACCUUCUGGACCAAGCCCUCCUCCGCCCUGGCCGGUUGGACAAACUGCUGUAUGUAGGGCUAAAUGAAGACCGGGAGUCUCAGCUCCGUGUGCUCCAGGCCAUCACACGCAAGUUCACAUUGGACGCAGCUGUCAGCCUGCCCCACGUGGUAGAGCAAUGCCCACCCCAGCUGAGCGGAGCCGACCUGCACUCCCUCUGUAGUGAGGCCAUGAUGUCGGCUGUCAAACGCAAAAUUAUCCGCAUCGACCAAGGCCUGGACACUGAGGACUCAGAGUUAGCCCUGUUGCCCGAGGACUUUGACCGAGCCCUCAGCACCCUCCAACCAUCUGUCUCUCAGCAGGACCUGAACCAUUACAGGCUGAUACAACAGAGACUAUCGACCCGGUGACCAGCGUGCUGACAUCUGACAGGGCAACAUCCAGUGGGAUCAGUUAACCUUUGUGGGUUAAUGGGUUUCAGAUGGUUGGAUGGGGGACUAGACUGUUUCCCUCAUGGGAACAUGUCUAAUGGUCAGGCUCCAUGUGUGGGGAUCACUGGCGAGCCAGAUUUAUAACCCACCUCUGAAUACCCCUGAGACAGUGGGAGUGAGCCACUGCCAUCCUACUGGUGAAGAUGCUCCCACAGAGUCAGUGGGGAGGGAGUUCCAGGGUUUAGAACCAGUGAUGAAGUAGUAACAGUGAUAUACUGUAUUACUACUGGGUGUAAAUAAAAUUAUUCGUGAUUUUUGUGACCGCUGCUAUUUAUUUCUACAGA